GAAAAACUGAAAGUAAUAACUUAAGACAGUGGAGCCGAGUUUACUCUGAAACUUCUCCUGGGAAACAUGUCAAGUGACACUCAGUAUCUCUCAGAGUUGAGGAUUGUGUUAAUGGGGUAUAAAGGAGCUGGAAAGAGUUCAUCAGGAAACAUCAUCCUGAACAGAGAAGAGUUUGACCUGAAGAGAACUGCCCAGUGUGUGAAGAGACAGAGAGAAGUAGCAGACAGACACAUCACUGUCAUAGAAGCUCCAGGAUGGUGGAUUGAUGUUCCUGUAGAAGAGAGCUCUGAGUUACUGAAACAAGAGAUUUUACUCAGUGUGUCUCUGUGUCCUCCAGGACCUCAUGUUGUUCUACUGGUUAUACGUGUGGACAUUAGAUUUAAAAUGGAUGAGAGAAAAGUAUUUCAAGGGUAUGUGGAUCUUCUCAGUGAGAGAGUCUGGAGUCACACUAUAGUGCUCUUCACUCAUGGAGACUUUCUAGGAGACACAUCUAUAGAGCAACACAUUGAGAGUGAAGGAGAGGAUCUCCAGUGGCUGGUGGAGAAAUGUGGGAACAGAUAUCAUGUUCUAAACAAUAAGAACAGAAGUGAUGACACUCAGAUCAAAGAUCUGCUGGAGAAGAUAGAAGAGACUGUGACACAAAACAACGGCUGCCAUUUUGAAAUAGACAGAAAGAUUUUACAGGAGCUGGAGGAGAAAAGAAGAGCAGAAGAAGAGAGAGCAGAAGAACGAGUGAAGAGGAUGAAGAAACAGAGAGAGAUGAUCAGAUCACAGAUGAGUGAGAAGCUCUCAGAGUUGAGGAUUGUGUUAAUGGGGGGUAAGGGAGGUGGGAAGAGUUCAUCAGGAAACAUCAUCCUGAACAGAGAAGAGUUUGACCUGAAGACAACUGCUCAGUGUGUGAAGAGACAGAGAGAAGUAGCAGACAGACACAUCACUGUCAUAGAAGCUCCAGGAUGGUGGAUUGAUGUUCCUGUAGAUCAGAGCUCUGAGUUACUGAAACAAGAGAUUUUACUCAGUGUGUCUCUGUGUCCUCCAGGACCUCAUGUUGUUCUACUGGUUAUACGUGUGGACAUUAUAUUUAAAGAAAAUGAGAGAAAAGUAUUUCAGGGGUAUUUGGAUCUUCUCUGUGAGAGAGUCUGGAGUCACACUAUAGUGCUCUUCACUCGUGGAGACUUUCUAGGAGACACAUCUAUAGAGCAACACAUUGAGAGUGAAGGAGAGGAUCUCCAGUGGCUGGUGGAGAAAUGUGGGAACAGAUAUCAUGUUCUCAACAAUAUGAACAGAAGUGAUGACGCUCAGAUCAAAGAUCUGCUGGAGAAGAUAGAAGAGACUGUCACACAAAACAACGGCUGCCAUUUUGAAAUAGACAGAAAGAUUUUACAGGAGCUGGAGGAGAAAAGAAGAGCAGAAGAAGAGAGAGCAGAAGAACGAGUGAAGAGGAUGAAGAAACAGAGAGAGAUGAUCAGAUCACAGAUGAUUGAGAAGCUCUCAGAGUUGAGGAUUGUGUUAAUGGGGGGUAAAUGUGCUGGAAAGAGUUCAUCAGGAAACAUCAUCCUGAACAGAGAAGAGUUUGACCUGAAGACAAUUGAUCAGUGUGUGAAGAGACAGAGAGAAGUAGCAGACAGACACAUCACUGUCAUAGAAGCUCCAGGAUGGUGGAUUAAUGUUCCUGUAGAGAAGAGCUCAGAGUUACUGAAACAAGAGAUUUUACUCAGUGUGUCUCUGUGUCCUCCAGGACCUCAUGUUGUUCUACUGGCUAUACGUGUGGACACUAGAUUUAAAGAGGAUGAGAGAAAAGUAUUUCAGGAGUAUGUGGAUCUUCUCAGUGAGAGACUCUGGAGUCACACUAUAGUGCUCUUCACUCAUGGAGACUUUCUAGGAGACACAUCUAUAGAGCAACACAUUGAGAGAGAAGGAGAGGAUCUCCAGUGGCUGGUGGAGAAAUGUGGGAACAGAUAUCAUGUUCUCAACAAUAAGAACAGAAGUGAUGACACUCAGAUCAAAGAUCUGCUGGAGAAGAUAGAAGAGACAGUGACACAAAACAACGGCUGCCAUUUUGAAAUAGACAGAAAGAUUUUACAGGAGCUGGAGGAGAAAAGAAGAGCAGAAGAAGAGAGAGCAGAAGAACGAGUGAAGAGGAUGAAGAAACAGAGAGAGAUGAUCAGAUCACAGAUGAGUGAGAAGCUCUCAGAGUUGAGGAUUGUGUUAAUGGGGUCUAGAGGAGCAGGAAAGAGCUCAGCAGGAAACAUCAUCCUGAACACAGAAGAGUUUGACCUGAAGACAACUGAUCAGUGUGUGAAGAGACAAAGAGAAGUAGCAGACAGACACAUCACUGUCAUAGAAGCUCCAGGAUGGUGGAUUAAUGUUCCUGUAGAGAAGAGCUCUGAGUUACUGAAACAAGAGAUUUUACUCAGUGUGUCUCUGUGUCCUCCAGGACCUCAUGUUGUUCUACUGGUUAUACGUGCAGAUGUUAUAUUUAAAGAAAAUGAGAGAAAAGUAUUUCAGGGGUAUGUGGAUCUUCUCAGUGAGAGAGUCUGGAGUCACACUAUAGUGCUCUUCACUCAUGGAGACUUUCUAGGAGACACAUCUAUAGAGCAACACAUUGAGAGUGAAGGAGAGGAUCUCCAGUGGCUGGUGGAGAAAUGUGGGAACAGAUAUCAUGUUCUCAACAAUAAGAACAGAAGUGAUGACACUCAGAUCAAAGAUCUGCUGGAGAAGAUAGAAGAGACAGUGACACAAAACAACGGCUGCCAUUUUGAAAUGUUACAGAAGGUGAAGGAGAAAAGAAGAGCAGAGGAAAAGAAAGCAGAAUCACAGAUGAUGAGUGAGGAUGAGAUGUCUUACAUAGUCUCUCUGAGAAGGUCUGCUUAUAGAUCAUUCAGAUCUCGAUCAGGUGCAGACAAAAGUUCAGUUUUUGCAUCAUUACACUCUAAAGACUCUCCGAUCUCAUUUACUGGUGGAUCAUACAACAAGAGGUUACCACAACCAUUGAUGAGUGAGGAUGAUAUGUUUGACACAGUCUCUUUGAGAAGUUCUGCUUAUGGUUCAUUCAGAUCUCGAUCAGGGAUUGAAGAUCAGAUGCUUGAAACAGUCUCUCUUGAAAGUUCUGGAUAUGGAUCAGUCUUAUCUCUAUCAAGUGACAACAGUUCAAUUUUUGCAUCAUCAUUCUCCAUUGACUCCAAAGAAUUACCUCCCAGUUUUGCAGAUGGAUCUGUACCCUCCACUCCUCAGUCUGUGGAACAUUCACAAAUCAAAACAACAAAGAACACAUCCACGAUCUUGAAAUUAUGAAGAGUCAAACAGAAUAAAUGAGAAGAAAAAAUAUGUAAUGUUAUUUGUCCUAAAGAAAACCAAUGAAUGAAUUAAUUUGUAACCGACUCAACACAAACUCUAUUUGAUAAAUUAAAUCUAAACUACUACCUUAUUCCCCCAAUAAUGGUUUAACUGAUACAGGUAACUAACAUCACUAAACCACAAUUACACAGAGCAGAGAAUACAGUUUGUGAUCAAGGUCAUUUACACGGAUGACAUUUUUGAUAUUGUGUACAGUAACAUGUCAUGUUUUAUCAUGUAAAUAUAAUAAUGGAAAAUAUGUUUAUGUACUUAUCUCAAUCAGAAAUUAUAUGGAUUAUAUACUUCAAAAUAUUUGUACCACUUGAUACUCACUUUAAUAAUGCUUAGAAAUAAUAACUAAAGUUGUUGAUGUGGUGUUGUUUUACUAUGGAAGCAAAUAAGAGACAUAAUGUUUUGAAAUUUAACAGCCUAUGAAUACUUGAUUUUGAAUUAUUUUACUUUGGAAACCAUGUAUCUGAAUUUAUUUGUUUCGAAUUUACCUCUAUGAAAUUUAAAUAUGAAAAUUCUUGAUUUACAAUUUAAAAACCUGAAUUUAAUGCUCACAAAUUCAGAUACAAAAAAAAACUUACAGAAUUUCAGAUAAAAUACAUUCAGAUUGAUCAAAUUUGAUUGCUCUUAUUCAGAUCUCAAAUUUCAAGUUAAUACUUUUCAAAGAAACAUAUGUCUAAUUCGACUGCUCAAAUUCAGAUCGAAAAAUUAUUCACAUGGUGACAUCCGGGCUACCCAGGAUAGGAAAAACAGUUGAGCCCAGAGCCCGUCUGUAAUUGAACCGAACCACUGAACCGAACCAUUGAACCGAACCAAUGUCAGUCAGUGGCUGGUGGAGAAAUGUGGGAACAGAUAUCAUGUUCUCAACAAUAUGAAAAGGAAGUGAUGACACUCAGAUCAAAGAUCUGCUGGAGAAGAUAGAAGAGACAGUGACACAAAACAACGGCUGCCAUUUUGAAAUUUUACAGCAGGGGAAGGAAAAUAGAAGAGAAGAGGAAAAGAAAGCAGAAUCACAGAUGAUGAGUGAAGAUGAGAUGUCUGACACAGUCUCUUUGAGAAGUUCUGCUUAUGGUUCAUUCAGAUCUCGAUCAGGUGCAGACAAAAGUUCAGUUUUUGCAUCAUCACACUCUAAAGACUCUCCGAUCUCAUUUACUGGUGGAUCAUACAACAAGAAAUUACAACAACCAUUGAGGAAUGAAGAUGAGAUGUCGGAUUUAGUCUCUCUUGGAAGUUCUGGAUAUAGUUCAUUAAGAUCUCUAUCAAGUGACAACAGUUCAAUUUUUGCAUCAACACGCUCCAUUGACUCCAAAGAUUCACAUACCAAUUUUUCAGAUGGAUCUUUACCCUUCACUCCUCAGUCUGUGGAACAUUCACAAAUCAAAGCAACAAAGAACACAGCCACGAUCUUAAAAUUAUUAAGAGGCAAACAGAAGAAAUGAGAAGAAAAAAGAUGUGAUGUUAUUUGUCCUAAAGAAAACCAAUGAAUGAAAUAAUUUGUAACUGACUCAACACAAAUUCUAUUUAAUAAAUUCAAACUAAACUACUACCUUAUUCCCCCAAUAAUAGUUUAAUUGAUACAGGUAACUGACGUAACUAAACCACAAUUACACAGAGCAGGGAAUACAGUUUGUG